CCCAGGGCUGCCUUACGCAAUAAACGCAGCCCAAUACCGAGCGGGUUAUCAAGGGGAAUGUCGGUCUGUAUGUGAGCGCUUUUCAGAGGCGGCUGGGAACGUCAACAUAAUGGCACAACAGAAGAAUCUCGAGGGAUACGUAGGCUUUGCUAGCCUGCCAAACCAAGUUUACAGGAAGUCUGUCAAACGAGGCUUCGAGUUCACUCUCAUGGUUGUGGGUGAAUCUGGCUUGGGCAAGUCUACAUUGAUCAACUCCCUGUUCCUCACCGACUUGUACUCUGGAGAAUACCCUGGUCCCUCAAACCGGGUCAAAAAGACUGUGCAGGUAGAGCAGUCUAAAGUGUUACUCAGAGAGGGCGGAGUCCAGCUGCUUCUCACGAUAGUGGACACCCCGGGGUUCGGCGACGCUGUGGACAACAGCAACUGCUGGCAGCCGGUGAUCGAUCACAUCGACAGCAAGUUCGAGGAUUACCUGAACGCCGAGUCGAGGGUGAACAGACGACAGAUGCCCGACAGCCGGGUGCACUGCUGCCUCUACUUCAUCGCUCCCUCAGGCCACGGGUUGAAGCCGCUGGACAUCGAGUUCAUGAAACGGUUGCACGAGAAGGUGAACAUCAUCCCUCUGAUCGCCAAAGCAGACACACUCACCCCAGAAGAGUGCCAACAGUUCAAGAAGCAGAUCAUGCGAGAAAUCCAGGAGCACAAAAUCAAGAUCUACGAGUUCCCAGAGACAGACGAUGAUGAGGAGAACAAGUUGGUGAAGAAGAUCAAAGAUCGCCUGCCCCUUGCCGUGGUGGGAAGCAACACCAUCAUCGAGGUGAACGGGAAGAGGAUCCGGGGGAGGCAGUACCCGUGGGGAGUGGCAGAGGUUGAAAACGGGGAGCACUGUGAUUUCACAAUCCUCAGGAACAUGCUGAUCAGAACCCACAUGCAGGAUCUGAAGGACGUCACCAACAACGUUCACUAUGAGAACUACAGGAGCAGGAAGCUGGCAGCCGUCACCUACAACGGUGUAGACAACAACAAGAACAGAGGCCAGCUCACCAAACAUGACACAGUUGAAGGCAUGAGUCCUCUGGCCCAGAUGGAGGAGGAGCGGAGGGAGCACGUGGCCAAGAUGAAGAAGAUGGAGAUGGAAAUGGAGCAGGUGUUUGAGAUGAAGGUGAAGGAGAAGAUACAGAAGCUCAAAGACUCCGAGGCAGAGCUUCAGCGGCGUCACGAGCAGAUGAAGAAGAACCUCGAGGCCCAGCACAAGGAGCUGGAGGAGAAGAGGCGCCAGUUCGAGGAGGACCGCGCCAACUGGGAGGCCCAGCAGCGCCUCCUGGAGCAGCAGAAGCUGGAUGCCUCCAGAACCCUGGAGAAAAACAAGAAGAAAGGGAAGAUCUUUUAAAACUGUUCACAGACCGGAGCUUAAGUUGUACGUGCUGCCGACCCAUAGCCUGGGCUAAUGGCAAGAUGUUGGCCUUGUGCCGGUGUACACACACACACACACACACACACACACACACACACACACACAGACACAGACACAGACACACGCACACACGCACACGCACACGCAGACACACACACACACACACACACACACACACACAAAUGUACAUUCAGCUUGUCGAGGUCCGUGAGAACGGUGCUGUGUGAUGAUCAAAAGAGGGCUGAAGAGGGAGCCUCUCCUGUGGGGGGGGGGGCAUCUACCUUAUUGCAACUCAUUAGGCAGGCCAAACUCCCAUAUAUAUUAUAUAUACUGAAUUCUAUACUCAGAAAAAAGGUUUCUUUUUUUUUCUGUUUAUGUUGUUGUCGUUCCCCCAUUUAACAGCCAACAUCAAACACUUCAAACGCGAGACAUCUCUAACUGUUGCACAAUCAUAUUACUCGCCUGUCUUUUGUUUACCCGUUAACAAACAAAACAUAGAAGGACAAAACUUUCCUUUGUGAGGUCAUUUUUGUCUUUUUUUUCUUUGUCUUUUUUUUGAGGAAAAUGCCAUUCAACUUUUUUGCCGUAUUGUGAGUAUGUAAUGCUAAAACUUUGUUCUCUGAAGGUGUACCAUGACACAUAGCCAAAAGAAAAAGAAAGCGCAAUCUGUUACCCGUCACUCUUAAAUCUUAAGAGAGAGAAGCCACGAAACUGCCUUCUCACUGCUCUGUUUUUUUUUAACUCUCUGAAACGUUUCCAGACUUUAAUGCUUUCUCUGUCUAGCCACUAGCCUUGGACCACCAUUUAUAACGUCAUUCAUUGUUAUAUUUCAUUUAGUUUAUUUUUAUAUAAAUAUAUAUACCGAGCCAGCUUCAGUAAUAUUUUUUUGUAUGUUAAGGAAGUCUUCUUGGAGAGGCUUGUGAAUUGGAUUGACCGGUUCAAAUGAAUUCAUAAGGCAGAUGAUGCCAAUUUAAAGAGUCAAACAUGAACAUUUGUCAUAGGCAUUUGCAAGGCUUGUCUGUAACGUUUACACAAGUUACACUCACGGCAAAUGCACAUCUGCAUUUUAGUUUUUUGGUCAUGUACUCCACUUCUGUAUUUUUAAUUUUAUUUUUAAUUUGUAUUGUACAGUCACUUAAUAAAAUUGUGAUGAUAAA